CAGCUGACAAAUGAUGCGCACCCUUCUGCAGAAGUUUGUCUGCCACGUAAGGGAUUUUAGCAGUUAAACUUUUUAAUUUGUGUAUAUUUUGCGAAAGUUUUAACAAUUGUCUUCAAACAUGAUGCUGUUUACUCUUUGUUCCUUAUUGCCAUCACUGUUUGUUUUUGUCACUGGUGGAAAACUUCCAGAAGCCGAUGUGAAAAUCGAGGUGAUGCACAAACCUUUUCAGUGUCACCGAAAAUCAAAGUAUGGAGACAUGCUUCUUGUUCAUUACGAGGGAUUCCUGGAGAGCAAUGGCACUAUGUUCCAUUCCAGCCGCAAACAUGGGGACAGAAAUCCAGUCUGGUUCACUCUUGGGAUCCGAGAGGUGCUUAAAGGUUGGGACAAGGGUCUGCAGAAUAUGUGUGCUGGAGAGCGCAGGAAGCUGACUGUCCCUCCAUCACUGGGAUACGGAAAGGAAGGUCAAGGUAAAAUUCCUCCAAGCAGCACCUUGAUAUUUGACAUUGAGCUCAUGGAGAUCCAAAAUGGUCCCAGGUCCCACGACUCUUUCCGGGACAUGGAUCUUAACGACGACUGGAAACUCUCCAGACAGGAGGUGAAGCAUUUCUUGAAGAAGGAAUUUGAGAAACAUGGUUACUCGCCCAAUGACACACAUCAUGAAGUGAUGGUUGAUGACAUCUUCAAAAAUGAGGAUGAGGACAAAGACGGUUUUAUAUCAGUUAGGGAAUUCACCUCCAUACACGAUGAACUCUGAAUGACGGAUUCAACUUUUAAAUUAGUUUUUUUUUUUUUUUUUUUGUAGAUCAUCUUUGAAACGUAUAUAAAUUGAUGUUUUAAACAAAGACUUUCAUAAUUUUAAAACUACAUUUGACCAAUAUUGUCUGAUGUUUUGUUUUAUGUUUUUUUUUUAUUUUGACCUAGAAGUUUUAUAUUCAUUUGCACAUUUCAUAACUUAUUUCCCUUGGACACACAUAUAAAUGUCAUAGUUUUUGUUGCUUUAAGAUGAUUAAACCAUUUUUGAUGAAAUAAACUACUUUUUUCAAUGAUUUAUUUUAGUAACUUGUCCCAGUCUGUAAUGAUGCAGGAUAACUGGUCGCUUCUGUGCAUAUUUACCACUAGAGGGCACUCUUGCCUUUUAUGCUUACAAACGCUUUCAUCUCUUUAAAUCCUCCCCAACUGUAAAAAAUGCACAAUCCCCCACAGUAGCUGACUGACCUAUAUAUUUUUUCUUCAAAUUGAGAAUAAAGUCACGUAAAGCAUCACUUGUUAUCGGAACCAUAUAUUAUGCAUGUUGGAGUAAUUGGAGUUGAAGAUGUUUGAAAUUUUAUUCGGUUUCAAUCUCCAUGUUAUAGAUUAUAUUUCCUCAUGUACUACUUUGAUACAUUUCAAUUUAAACUUUUAAAACACAAAAUGCAUAUUUGAACCGCUUGCAAAAUAAAGACUUUCAACAUUUAUUGACUGAUGCACCAGAGUCUGGAGAUAUAGUGGAAAUGCACAGGAUCCAAGCUGCUUGAGGUUUAUUAAAACAGAGGUAUGCAACAUUUAUAUAUUUGUUAGAACUACCCAUAUGUGAUGGCAGUAUAAUAUGAAGUACUGUAGAUAAUCUUUGAAAAAAUUUGGCUCCUCUGUCUUCUCCCCAUCCACCUGCUGUCCUCUCAAUAAAUACACCGCUUGAUCAGGAACAGCAAAUCAAAACCUGGAGGACUGUCUUACUUUCACCCUUUCACCUUGCUCUCUGCUACGCUACAACCAACACAACAACAGGACCUGCCAUGAACCCUCAGCCUAGUUCCAUCGAUGACAGUGCAUAAGCAGUUUUCCUGUAACGGUACGUUGUUUUCCACUUGUAAUGCAUUUAGCAGCACAUACACUAGCACGAUUGACAGCGCAAAGACACUCUUCCUGGCUCUGAUUAUUGUUUUUGACUUGCUGCAGUGCUGACCGCCUCCAUAUCUUGCUGCACUGAGGUGGAAAUUCAUGCAAAAUUUGAUCAUUUGAUCAUGUAUUGAGUGCAUUAGACUGUAGAGUACAGACUUUCAGUGGGUUAACUUUUCUGUUUAAAAGAAAAUCUUGAAAUUGCUUUUAAUGUGAUAGAAUUUUCAAGAAACAGAAUUUUUGGGCUUUCAUUAGCUGUAAGACAAUCAACAAAUUGAAUGAAAAUAUAAAAUGCAUCACUGUAUAUGUAAUGGAUCUAUGUAACACCUGAGUUUAAUGUAAAGAACUGAAUUACCGAAUGCACUUUUUGAUGAAAUUCUAAUUUAUUGAAAUGCCUUUCUAUCUAUUGCCUUCAAAUUAUGUAUUGAAUGGCAUAUCAUUAACAAAGUGGUUCACAGGCUUGCUCCUGACCCCAAGCUUGCGGCAGCUCUUGCUGUAGCUCCAAAGCAACUGCAGAGUGUAAAUAACAUGGCCACUAAGCAGAGGCUGUUUAACAUGUGAACUAAAUGUGACUUACGGCUCGAGGCUCAGUCAGGGGACUAGUCAAAUCAGCAACAAGAAGCAGACUGUUUGUUUCUCGGAUCAAAGGAACCAUUGAAGCACGGUACUGCUAACAGCUUCGCUCCAGUCGUCCUCUUUUCCUUUUUUGAAUUAUUUUAAACAUGGAAAGUUUUGGCUGAUCAUUAGCUGAAUACAUCUGAAUAAGAAAUCUGAUUUUGCAAACAUAAACCAACUUCAGGAGUUGGGGGAUGAUGCAAUGGAGGAGAGAAAGGGAGCAAUCUAUUUUAAAGCCACAAUGGUGGUUCAGCUAUCAACUUAUUUCUUAAGCAAAAAAAUCCUAACUUCUGCAUUUACAAAAAUAACGACUUCCCUAUUUUCAUGUAGGCUGGUUCUUUCAAUACAUUAAGUUAAAUAUAAAGAUAUGAGGAAAUGAUUGUAUCAUUGUUUUUGCAAUACUGCAUAUCUAAAAAAAAAAAACCAGAUGACAGCUGACAUGCAUGAGCAACACUCAACAGCCUCAGAGUUCAGAUAGAGAGGUGCCUUUAAGUAGCAGGACAGGAUGUGACUGUGGUGCACCUCUCUCACAAAGAGCACUACUGUUUCUUUUAUGACUCCUUUUCCUCAUUCCUGGAGUUUAUUUGGCUUCUGGCAAAAUGCAACCCUUCUCACCACAUGCGUGCAGGUAGAGCUGGCUCAGUGGGAAAAUAAAGAAGGAAGUAAAAAUGGUAAACACACUGGAUUUUGUUCAUGGUCCUAAAAACCCCCCCACAGGAGUUGAAAUCUAGUUUAGACACGUCUUCAACUUGUCAGUCUACUUCAAACUCAAGUUUUACCUUCUUUAAUAAAACAUCAUUUCAUAAAUUACAUUUGAAUUGCAACUGUCACAAAAAUACAUUUUGAUAAAAUGGAUCUGUAGAAAGGAUUCAACAAUCACAUUAAACCAAGUGAUAAAGGAACAUGCUUGGCACAGGCGUCACUUUGGGCCCUCGUGUGGUGGUUGUGGUCGUCAUCGAGCGAUGUUACUGGCUUAAAAUAACAAAAUGUAUAUUUUAAAAAAAAACACUACUUUACUCGAACAAAUCCCCAGUAAUAGUCUGCACACUCAAACUUUGCAACACUACCAACCAAAAUGUGCACAUAGGAGUCUGGCACAUGUGUUGCACCCUUCAAGAGACACAAUGUCAUCAUAUCCGCAUAAAUGAUGGAUCCUGAAACUGUCUGCCUUCUUCUGAUGUGUCAUUUCUGUUUUGACCCUUCUGCAGGUCCACCAACAAGCAUUUCCAAGAACUUGUAUAUAUAAACUAUGGAGCACGAAAAUCUUUACAAAAUAAAUCUUUACAAUUGAUGCAAAAAAAGUGCUUUAUGAAUGUCUUGUUUCUUUUUUUUUUUUUAAGUACACAAGUUAAGUCUGACUCUAUCUACAUUGUAUCAUUCCAGUGUUCCCACAAAAUGCAGGUGAGCAUAAAUUUGGCUGACCUGCAAGGUUCAGAUUAAACAGCACCAGGCCUUCUUCAAUUUGGAUCCACACUAGUCCUACAGUGUCCUCUGCACCCUUUGCCUCCACCCUUUGUAAAGAUGUUAAAGAGCCUUAAAAUAACUUCACUUUGAAAAUCCUACCUUUAAUUUGAGUAGACUUACUCAGCCUAGUCUGCCAUCUAUUUUACUACCCCAAACUGUUACUCUAAAAUAAAUGUCACCUAACCAUUUUUGAAACUGUGACGUAAAAGGCUGGAUGUGGAUCCAAGUUUCGUCACCAUGAGGCAGAGAAAGAAACCAACUCUUGAGGAAGAGUAAGAGCUGUUCUAUUUUCAGAAUGGGGUUGUGAAGAAUAUUGAAAUCAGGGGAGCCAAUAAAUGUGGUCCUGGUAAUUUUGGGAAGAAUAGUUAAGUCUUAAUAGCAAGAUUCGUUUAUUUUAAGACAUCUAUAAAAGGAGGUUGGGGCAAUAAGUGUGGAGGGUGCUGCAUAUCACAUGGUGCUUUCAUCCUGACUGAUCUACACCAGGUAGCAACAGCCUUUAAGAGAUAAACUUAGGGAACAAAUAACGUAAACAAAAAAAA